GCGGGCUCAGGAGGCGCACACGUGGGUUGUCAAACAGGUUUGUCUUGAGCUGCUUACUGCUCAUUUCAAACACUUCCACACCCUUUGUCCUCAGGAGGAACAGCUCAGUGGGCUCGCCGGGCUAACAGGAAGCUGGAGACGGCCUCAGCACAUCCACGAGGACUGUCAAGGAAGUCCGAAUGCCCGGGAAGUAAACCUCACCCGAGAUGCUGAUCUCGAUUUCUGCAGAACCCCAGAGAUUUAUUUCAGGGUGGCCAAAGAAAAAGCUGUGAACAGAGAGUGCACAAGGACAGGUACGACCACUGGCUUUACAAAAUGCCUUUGGAGACUCUCCAACAACCACUCAGACAACCGGCAUCAAACGGCGGAGCCGCCGUGCCGCCGCGCUUGCGGCCCAAGGGGCCGGUGGGGCCCGACUUCUACCGGCAAUUUAAAGCGGCAGCGAGCAGACCGAAGCAGAGUGCCGUGGAGAGGUUGGAAGCGGACAAGGCUAAAUAUGUCAAGAGUCAGGUGGCUCUCUCCAAACUGCAGCCGGUGGUCCGGCCUCCGGAGGCACGUUCGCCUCCGCUGAACCCCGGCACCGCUAUGCGGCCCACCAGGAAGACCCCCAACCAGACGAAAACCAGGCCGGAAGAAGUUCAGCUCAACUUGGAGCAUCUGAGUAACCUGAUCAAUGGCGCCGGCAUCUCGGAGGACGUCAAAGCUGUGGAUGCCGCAGUCGCCACGGCACGCGGCUCCCCUUGCCUCACACCUGCAGGGGCCCCACAGAAAAAGGAAAGGCCGCGUCCGGCCCCUCGUCCGGACUGGUUCAGUCCAGCGACGGUGAGAUUAAAAGCCGCCGGACCCGCCAGGGCGGAGAGCCCUCUCGCUUCUGGGCUUCCGGCCGCAAGGAUGGUACGAAGAGUGGACGUCAUGCCUCAGGCGAGCCCCGCGCGGACGCCCUGCCGCCCCCCUCAGUACAUCCGGCAGCCCCUCCAGCCCAUACCUUUGCACUCACAGUUUCCACUGCGCCCGACCUCCUCGGACCUGCGUCCCUUCCACACCCGGACCACGUCGCGCCCCUCCCCCGCUCUGAAACCCGUGGUCGCUCCGUCCAAGCCGGACGAUUCUCCCACCUCGCUGGCUGAAACGCCCGCCCUUGCUCCAUCUCCCCCGAGCUUCCCUUCAUUCCCUCCUUCCUCCCCGGCGAUAACCCGACUGUCCUCGUCCAGCUCCAGGAAACGGCCGUCUCUGACCCGGUCCAAAUCGGACCUGAGCGACCGGUGCUCGCGGGCCGGCACGGAUUUGGAGCGCUUCUUCAACCUGUGCGGUCUGGACCCGGCGGAGCUCCAGUUGACCGGAUCCAAUUCUGACAUCGUGUCCAUGGCCCGUUUCCGCAGCGUGAGCGCUCCAGGGUCAGAAUGUGCGGGGACCGGGGAAGAGGACGGCGAGGAAGAGGAGGAUGCUUCCAACGCCGCAGAGCGGGUUCCUUAUGGCGUUUCCGUCAUUGAGAGGAAUGCAAGAGUAAUCAAAUGGCUGUACGGACUCCGUCAGGCCAAAGACAAUGCCAGUAAGGGCACCGAUUUGUGAGAUGGUGGUAAAUCAUUUGCAGGAAGGAAAGAAAGUGUCACAUGGUUAAACUUAUGAGUGCUAACUUACUUUCCCUUUCUGUUCAGAAUGUUUUGACAUGCUGGUGGUUAUUCUUUUUCUUUUUUUUUUCUUUUUCAUUUUCUUUCUUUUCUUUUUUUUCUUUUUUUACUUCUUCCUUUGUGAACCUCAAAGUGUAAUCUCGGGUCAUGUGAAUGAAAAGCAUUAAAGACUGAAUGAUGAAAGCA